AUGUCGGGGUUAGUUGGGGAAUCACAAACUGCAUUUGUCAAAGGAAGAAGGAUACAUGAUGGAGUGCUAAUAGCAUGUGAGACUAUACAGUGGCUAAAACUAAAGAAGAGGGCGACAACAAUUAUUAAAUUGGACUUUCAAAAAGCCUAUGACAUAAUCAAAUGGAACUUUGUUGAUAUGGUGCUAGAAAAGAUGGGUUUUGGUACAAGAUGGAGAGCAUGGACAGCAGAAUGCAUUAGAACAGCAUCUAUAUCCAUAAUGGUUAACGGGGAACCAUCAAAACCUUUUAAGAUGGAAAGGGGACUCCGACAAGGUGACCCACUAUCACCCUUUCUAUUCGUGCUGGUUGUAGACGUCUUGAACAUGAUGAUUGGGGAGGCGGUAAAGAAGGGAGAAUAG